UACUUGUUGGCGACACGGGAGUCGGGAAGACUUCUAUUUUCUUGAGAUAUGAAAGAAACUACUUCUCCAGGCACAGGACGUCUUCAUUUGGUGUUGAUAAAUGCACCAAAGAAAUUUCUGUAGACGACCAACUUUGCAAGUUAAACAUCUGGGAUACAGCUGGGCUUGAGUGCACAGGCUCAUUAACUUCUCAUUACUACCACUUGGCUCAGAGCAUUAUUUUUGUCUAUUCCGUGGAAAGUCUAGCUUCAUUAACUGCACUCCAUCACUGGAUACAAGAUGCAGAACAAUACGCACCAAACGCGAAAAAAUUUCUUGCAGGAAAUAAGAACGAUUUGGAUAAAGAUGACUGGGAAGUGGACGAAGGCAUACUACAGAGAUUUAUGGACAAUAAAGAGUUUGCAUUGAAAUUUGAUAUUUCUGCACUGUCUGGUGAUGGUGUAUGUGAGAUGUUUAAAAGUAUAUCAAGACACUUACUACAGAGGAAUGUAAAACCAAGUUUGCCAGCAACUGAUGGGUUCUCUGUACCUGAUUUAUCCCAAGAAGAUUCUCUGGACCUUAGGAAAAGCAUGACUAGCGAGUCAGGCUCUGGUUGUUCAUGCUAAUUAAUGUUACUAAUUUUACUUUUAGAAAUAAUACUGAUAGAAUCGACUUUUUUAUUUCUGUUUACCAAAUGUUAUUAUGAAUAAAAGUUACAAUUAUCUCCAAUUUAGAAUUUUUAUUUUAUUCAUAAAAAUACAUAGUAUCUAAGGAUCCAUAAAGAGGCAACGCACUCCUCCCCCUUUCUCUGUGAAACAAGGACUCGGAUGUGCCUGAAAUUAGGAGAAGAAAAACAACAGGAUUUUGGGAUUUGGGUUACUGGGGACAGAAUUUUAGGCAUCUAGGAAAAUGGUACCUGCAGCUUGGUAAACAGGAUUUACACGAGUUAGUUUGCUAUAAGAAGGGCGUAAAAAAGCGGAAGAAGAAAUCGUAGAAACUAGUUGUUUUUGUUUAUUGUUAUUUUCUAGGCAUUCUAUGCUUUGUUUCGAAACUGAGACAUUAACCGGAAAUAAUUUUCACUUCCGUUCACAACAAAAGUGUCACGUGACAGGACACACCAGUUUGAGAAGUUGUGUGAGUUAUUAAAACGUUGGCUGUUCGUUCUCUGAACUGAAAGUUAUUUUCACCCUUUUUACCAAACUUUCAAUGGCAGAGAAAGCACCCUCGACUGGGGGAGCCACAGACUCUGAUUUCGAGCAGUUGCAAGGCGCUGUCACUGUGAUUUCGUGCGCAGAGGAACCACCGAGCCAUGUGGAAAACUCUCAGACAAGCAGAAGAGCACGUUCUUUGUGGGAAAAGGUGAAAAGGAAAUUUACUUCAAGACGCACUGAUUCAAAUGAGAAUGAACACAGAGAGUUUGAAGGCGUCGAUAGAACACAAUACGUGUACGAAGACGACAAAGAUUAUCAUCAUUACGAAACAGACUCGGAAAGCGAAGAGAUUGACGAGCCAGUGUUUGUCAGUAAUGCAGAACUGUUUUCUCAAAACGGGAGAGAUCAUGUACCUCGGAGAAAAUAUCGCGAUCGACUCUACAUGAAGCCUGAUAUUAUGCAACUACAUCGGUCUAGGCGAGCCCAAACGUUUAGCUUUUUCACAAGGGAAGAGCGAUCAGAUAAUCACGCUAAACACAGAAAUGCCAGUAAUUGCAAAGAUAACUCAUGUUUACAAUGCGAAGAAAGUAGAUCUCGAAUUACUCAGAGAAAUCGAUUUUGGAUUUUCAAGAGGUCUGCAGUCAAAUCGAAAAAGAACGAUACAAAUAAAAUUGGAGCAAUUGGGAAUAAUAUGUGUGAUGUGCUGAAUGGAAAUAUAAGGGCGAAUCAUGGUAGUGAAUUGGUGGCAGGUAAUGUACUUCCUGGUUUGAGGGACCCCCCUCCACUCCCCUUGCGGCCAUUAGUGCAGAGGAGGCAUAUGAGGCGAUGCUACUCUGAUAGUCAACCUGAUUUAUCUGCCGUCAGUCAGGGGUACAGAGAUGGUGUUGCAAAAAGGUAUGGCAAUACACAUUCGAUAGCAUGCAGUGAACAUCGGUUGUUGAGAGCCAACAGUGCCAACAAUUUAGAUGUAACUAACACGUUUCCAAGUCCAGUAUCCUCAUCCGAGCCAGGCUUUCCAACUGCAGCCACAAAUAUCAUUAGUGAUCAAUUCGAUAGUCAGUCAGUGAACACUAAUGCAGACAACAACACUGUGCGUCGAUUGUCGUCAAGUCUAAAAACCUUGUCUAACUGUGGCUGGUACUGGGGUCCCAUGUCAAGUAAAGAAGCAGAAAAGGAACUUUACAAUCAGCCAGAUGGCUGCUUCCUGGUACGAGAUAGUGAAAAUGACUAUCACCUCUUAAGUGUUAGCUUCCGAUCAAAGGGUGCAACAUGCCAUACAAGACUAAUUUACAACAAAGGGAAGUUUAGUUUUUUUCAAGACGAGAUGGGAAAGGACUCUGCAUAUGAGCUUAUCAUGCAUGCCAUGGAAGCGUCCCAGGACGGCAUCCUCUGUAAUUCCAGGGGCCAUAAUAGGAACACUAUCUGCUAUCCUGUUCGCCUACAGGUUCCUAUUUCAAGGUUUAACACAGUUCCACCACUUCAGUUUCUCUGUCGAUUUGUGAUCAGACAGAAUAUCAGAUGUGACCAACUAGAUCAACUGCCCCUACCAAAACAAAUUAUAAGAAAUCUAAGUGGAAAUCAUUUUCGCUUAGACAGUGAACAGUGCAUUACAGAUAGGAGACAUUGAUUGAUGAAUAAUCACAAAAAUGGAGAUUUUUUUCAAAUCUUAUGCUCUAAGUCAAUCUUUAUUUGGUUUGUUACAUUUGAAUGUAAGUAUGACUCCCCCUCUGGGUUUAACUCUCCCUCUCUCUCUGGUUAUGACUCUCCCUCCCCCUCCCUCUCUAGGUUUAACUCUUCCUCCCUCUCUGGGUAUGACUAUCUCUCCCCCUCCCUCUCUGGGUUUAACUCCCCUCCCCCUCUGGGUAUGACUAUCCCUCCCCCUCUGGGUUUAUCCCUCCCUCUCUGGGUAUGACUAUCUCUCCCCCUCUGGGUAUGACUAUCUCUCCCCCUCCCUCUCUGGGUUUAACUUCCCUCCCUCUCUGGGUAUGACUAUCCCUCCCCCUCUGGGUUUAACUCCCCUCCCCCUCUGGGUAUGACUAUCCCUCCCCCUCUGGGUUUAACUCUCCCUCCCUCUCUGGGUAUGACUAUCUCUCCCCCUGCCUCUCUGGGUUUAACUCCCCUCCCCCUCUGGGUAUGACUAUCCCUCCCCCUCUGGGUUUAUCCCUCCCUCUCUGGGUAUGACUAUCUCUCCCCCUCCCUCUCUGGGUUUAACUCCCCUCCCCCUCUGGGUAUGACUAUCUCUCCCCCUCCCUCUCUGGGUUUAACUUCCCUCCCUCUCUGGGUAUGACUAUCCCUCCCCCUCCCUCUCUGGGUUUAACUCCCCUCCCCCUCUGGGUAUGACUAUCUCUCCCCCUCCCUCUCUGGGUUUAACUUCCCUCCCUCUCUGGGUAUGACUAUCCCUCCCCCGCUGGGUUUAACUCCCCUCGCCCUCUGGGUAUGACUAUCUCUCCCCCCUCCCUCUCUGGGUUUAACUCCCCCCCCCCCUCUGGGUAUGACUAUCCCUCCCCCUCUGAGUUAACUCUCCCUCCCUCUCUGGGUAUGACUAUCUCUCCCCCUCCCUCUCUGGGUUUAACUCCCCCCCCCCCUCUGGGUAUGACUAUCCCUCCCCCUCUGAGUUAACUCUCCCUCCCUCUCUGGGUAUGACUAUCUCUCCCCCUCCCUCUCUGGGUUUAACCCCCCUCCCCCUCUGGGUAUGACUAUCCCUCCCCCUCUGGGUUUAACUCUCCCUCCCUCUCUGGGUAUGACUAUCUCUCCCCCUCCCUCUCUGGGUUUAACUCCCCUCCCCCUCUGGGUAUGACUAUCUCUCCCCCUCUGUGGGUUUAACUCCCCCUCCCUCUCUGGGUAUGACUAUCCCUCCCUCUCUGGGUUUAACUCCCCUCCCUCUCUGGGUAUGAGUAUCUCUCCCUCUCUGGGUUUAACUCCCCUCCCCCUCUGGGUAUGACUAUCUCUCCCCUCCCUCUCUGGGUUUAACUCCCCUCCCUCUCUGGGUAUGACUAUCCCUCCCCCUCUGGGUUUUACUCCCCCUCCCCCUCUGGGUAUGACUAUCUCUCCCCCUCCCUCUGGGUUUAACUCCCCCUCCCUCUCUGGGUAUGACUAUCUCUCCCCCUCCCCCUCUAAGUAUGACUUCCCAGGGACGACUCCCCCCAUCAGGGUACUACUCCCUCCCCCCCCCCCCCCCACCCCCCCCACUGGGAACAAGUCCCUCAUGACAUAGAUGUCGAUGUUUUUUAUUGGUACCAUAUAACUUUUGUUACAUAGGUUAUUUCAACCAAUAAAUUUCUAUAUUACGUA